AUGAGUUCACGGAAGAGAAAGCAAGACGAAGAGGAAGAGCUUGUUGCUCUUCCAAGUGACGAAAGCGAGGAGGAAGAAGAAUACAUCUCGGAAGGUGACGAAGACGAUGACGCCCAGGAUGACGAUGAAGAGGAGGAUGAGGAAGGAGAAUUCGACGAAGAAGGCGAACCCGAGGAUGAGAAUGGCGUGAAACCUCAAGCUCCUCCACCGAAGAAGAAGCAGAAGACGACCACCACUGCACCUGUUCCCGCCGUCGAUGACGGUGAAGACGAAGACGACGAGGAGCAGUCCGAUGAAGAGGACAUCGAAGGGGAAGACGAAAACGGCUAUGACGAGGAGGCAGAAGGCGACGCUGAUGAAGAGGGUGGUCUCGUUACUGAACCUGUAACCAAGGCCAAGGUCGACGUUGAGGCUCCGUUCGAGACUGAACCAGCCGCGAAGAUAGUCAGUGUUGUCGGUGCCGAUGAAGAUGACGAGGACUGA